AUGGCCUUGAAACGCCAUUAUAAUCCGAGAAAAAGGAGGAGGAAAGAGUAGGAACUUUGGGCAGCCGCGGUGGGGAAGACUUGACAGCUACGCGGGGCGCUUCCCUGUUGAUUCGGAAUACCAAGCUAUGAGCGAACCUGUGUCUCCAGUCCGCGUGGAAGUUUUGACUCAGCUCCAAGCCCACGGCAUUGUAUCGGAAUACAUCACCUACCCUCGUGUAACCUUCUCAUCUGCCUCUCGCCUCUGUGUCCGGCACAGCCCUCCUGGGGACUCCUCCCGGCAAUCGCUGAUGCUCUUGGAUCCCCGCGCAUCUCCCAAGGAGGAUCAGGCUCCGCCAAACUGGACUUUGCAUCAUGUGCAAGGGGCUCUGGCUAAUCCUAGCCGUCCACUGCUUGCUGUCAGAGCGGGGCAGCUGGCCCAGGUCUAUGAUGUGGACCAGCGUUCCUUAAGGUACCAGUGGGAAUUUGCUCAUCCUAUUGAGUACUGGGUGUGGUUGAACGCUGACAUUCUGGCUGUGGUGACGGAGGAGGAUGUCUUCCACUGGACCGUAAAACGUUCUGGACCAAGUUGGCAGUUUAGCCGGCAUGAACGUCUCUGUGGCAUGGAGGUGGUAGGAUAUCAACGGGAUGCCAGUCAUAUGUGGAUGGCUCUCUUGGCUCUAGGACUUGAGCAGAGCCAAGUUGUGGGCCUGACCCAGCUGCAUUGGCGAGGGGGCCCACUGUCUCAGGUCAUAGAAGCCCAAGCAGUAGCCUUGCCUCAGCACAGAUUUUCCAGGAAUCCAAAACCUUCAACAUCCCUCUUAGCUGCUGUGCGGAGAGGCAAGGAACAGGCUGGACAGUUUCAUGUGGUGGAGUUAGGCCCACAUCAGCCAGGGAAUGCCGCCUUGCUUAGUGCCCGCGACACCUUGCCUUUCAAGGGGACUCAGCUAGGGGACUUCCCCAGUGCAGUACAGUUCCUGCCCCACUUGGGUGUGGUGGUCAUUCUUACCAAACAUGCUUUCCUCUUCCUUGCUGACGUGGAGACGGCACAAACCAUCCAUCGCCUGCACCUGCUCUUAGAUAUCCUUUUCGCUACUGUACUUGAUGACGAGAGGCCCCACAGCCUGCUGGGAGUUUGCCGUAGUGGCAAGGUGCUGUCUAUCUCUAUUUGUCCAUACGCUCUGUGCCAAUAUAUCUCCCACCAUCCUACCAGCCUCUACCUUUCCCAACGGGUGCUACAACUGGUGGGCCAGGUUCCUGCUCCACGGAAAGCCAUUUCUGUGGAGUAACUUCUCCUCACCCAAAAUACUGAGAUGGAACGCUCGCAAGUGCCUCAAAACUGUUUUCAUUCUUAGGCAGAUCUUAUGGGGGCUUUGGGAAAAGGGAAAGGCAAAUUGAAAGCAUAGGAACGGGGUGAUGUCCACAGCAGUAAUGUGGAUGCCUGCUGAGCUGCUAUGGAAGCAGGGAAGAAAGAAUUUUUUUUGUGGGGAAAGAUGACUCUUGUAACUAUGAAUAUGAAUGUGAUGUUUUGGGUAUAUUGGAGAUUUUUUAAUGAGGAGCAAGGAGGGUGUUAUUUAUGCUGCAGGGG